UACUCACUACAUAUGCACGGCUCCCUCAGCCGGUGCACUUACGUGCUCGUUCUCGUCAACUUUUGCAUUGCAGCCUUUUUCUAGGCGUAAAGCAAAAAUCCAGGGAGUUGAGUCACCCACAGCAUUUUUCCUGAUUUUAUCACAGCUGAGUGUUGUUGAACACCAUCGCAGCGACUGUCAACAUCAUCUUCAUCAGAAGGUGCAAACACUAACCUUUGCAGCUUUCUAUGCAGUGUGACAGCAUCUGAGUGAGCUGCAGAGUCGCACUCGGUGCACACCUUUAACUGGAAAUAUUGCACUUGGUUUAAAGGAGAAGAUGAACCCAUCGUGCGCCCGCUGUGGCAAAGUCGUCUAUCCCACUGAAAAAGUCAACUGCUUGGAUAAGUACUGGCACAAAGGAUGUUUUCACUGCGAGGUUUGCAAGAUGACACUGAACAUGAACAAUUACAAGGGAUACGAGAAAAAGCCCUACUGUAAUGCGCACUAUCCAAAGCAGUCCUUCACGACAGUUACGGAUACACCUGAAAACCUGCGCUUGAAGCAACAGAGUGAGUUGCAGAGCCAGGUGAAGUACAAAAGAGACUUUGAAGAAAGCAAAGGAAAAGGAUUCAGCAUAGUGACUGACACUCCUGAAAUGCAAAGGUUGAAAAAGACUCAGGAACAAAUUAGUAACGUAUGUUAAACUGAAUUUAAGGAGAUGACAUAGAACAAAUAGGAGGAAUGGUUAGAUAUGUGAAAAUCAUUUCCAUUUUAAUAUCCAAUGUGUAAUGCAUAGAGUGAAAAGUGAAAGGAGUUCCUAUGUGGUUUGAAUGUUAUGAAUGGUACAAGUACAGAUAUGG